UACAUAAUACACAUAAAUUGGAUAUAUCAGAAAAAGUAUCAAUUUAACAAUCUUUUGGAAGGAUAUUAUGCAAUAUAUUAAAAUGUACUUUUCUUAUCUUGUUAGAAAUACAUUAUUUUUCACGUUAUGGCCAGACUCUUCACCAGUAAUCAUUUUGCACACACACACACACACAAAAUUAGAAUCAUUUUAAAUAGUAGAAUAAAAAAAUAAAAAACAAUCGCACACUGGACUAAUGUAUUAAUUAACAAAGUUUUAAAGACAAUUAAAAAGGUCUUUGAGACAAAAAAAAAAAAAAAAAAAACUUGCAGUCAGGUAAGAUUUACAGUUACAUUACAGAAUAUUUCAUCGACAUACUUUUUUCAUGGACAUUUACUUUUUUCUUUUUCUAAUGACACGAACGGCCCUUACGGGAAUUCAUAAAUUAAUAUUUCCCCCUUUCUGACCAAAAUGUAAAGUGUCAAAUGAAUAUCUAGGAGUCGGGAAAGACUCGUGCGCAACAUUUACAGAAGAUACUGAAGGGAGAUCCCGUCCACCCAGCAGUGCUUUCUCAUCCUCCCCGGUUACAUCUUUGACUCCGCCUCUCCACGGCCUCUGCCAAGCGCUCAGUCUCGCGCUGCCCCUCUCCAGAAUAACAGACGGAUACCACCAUUCGUCGCUGCUGUUGCUGUUUAUCUGUGCUGCCCGCUGAUCUACUGAGAUAAUGGCCUCCGAUGGUAUGGAUGAACGAUCCCCGCUGUUGUCAGCACCGAACUCGGGGAAUGUCACGCCCACAGCUCCGUCGUACCAGCAGGAUUCGAGCCCGAGAGCCGAAUUACCUCCGCCCUACACAGCCAUUGCCAGUCCAGAUACAGGCGGAGUGCCUGUUAUCAACUGUCGAGUGUGCCAGUCUCUUAUAAAUCUGGACGGCAAGCUCCAUCAGCACGUGGUGAAGUGCACCAUCUGCAACGAGGCCACGCCUAUAAAAAACCCACCAACAGGAAAGAAGUAUGUUAGAUGUCCUUGCAACUGCCUGCUAAUCUGUAAAGACACAUCUAGGAGGAUAGGAUGCCCCCGGCCCAACUGCAGACGGAUCAUCAAUCUGAGUCCAGUGAUGGUGGUCCCAGAGGAGCAGCCUGCCCAGCCAGCUCUACCAGUCCAGCCUGAGGGCAUGCGCGUGGUCUGCGGCCACUGCGGAAACACAUUCCUUUGGAUGGAGCUCCGAUUCAAUACACUGGCCAAGUGCCCACACUGCAAAAAAAUAUCCUCUGUAGGCAGUGCCCUACCCAGAAGACGCUGCUGUGCCUACAUUACAGUAGGAAUGAUCUGCAUUUUCAUCGGUGUUGGUUUAAUAAUGGGCACUCAGGACUUUGCCAGGCGCUAUCAUGCUACUUAUGUUUCCUGGGCCUUUGCAUAUCUCCUUGGGCUUAUCUGUCUGAUACGGGCCUGCUACUGGGGAGCAAUUAAAGUCAGCUAUCCAGAGAACACCUUUGCAUAGACAAAACUUUGUCCAUCUUCAAAGAGUCCUUUUAGUAUUUGAUUUAUCCUGAUUUUAACAGGCUAACUGCUGGAUGCUCACUCCUGUUACAAGAGCCAGAAUUUAAGAAUCCACUGGGUUUAGGUACCUGUAGACGUUUUAAUUACAGAUUAAGUUAUUAAUUGGCUCUGAUAUUUCUCUAACUGAUGUGAACUUGAUGAUGACUAGAGAAAAUAAAUUGAAACCAGUGAUUCUAAAAUUAGAUUUAAAAUAAUAAUAAUCAUUAUAAUAAUCCUUUGUUCUUUGGUACACCUCUUGGAUUUUGUCGGUGGACGUAUUUUAAGUACUGCUUUUUGUUAACAACUCGACCAAAAAUAGAUGAUCUUUUAUGAACAAUUUGCCCAUUGCACUGCAAUUUUAUGCAAUUUUUCUGUUCUGUUGCUGCUAGUUACCAUAGCUGUAAUGAGCUGAGAGAUGUUAUGUGUUGAGAAAGCCUGCCAGCACCAAUAGUGGCACUGUCUGUCAUUUGAAAUGCUCAGAUAUAUUUAACUCUUCUUGCAAUCCUGUGCCAACAUUUAGGGGAUGUCCCUAUAUCAUAUGUUUUUGUGGCUUCAAAAGUAAAAAAGCAAGCAUGUACAGGGUCACUGUACCUCAUUAAUAGUUAAUGACACUUCAAAGAGUAGUUCGUAAUGGAAAAUUCUAUAAUUUCAAUAUAAUUCUGUCAUUCCAAGCUCAAAUUACUUGCAUGAAUACAAAAGGAAAUGUUUAGCUAAAUGUUCACACUUCUCUUUUCCAUAUAAUGGUAGUGCAGUCUGAUCUCACAGUGAAAUUGGAAAGAGUAGGUUGACUUUCUUUAGCAAAAAUCGGUAUAUGCUGACCGAAAUGUAAAACACUGCCCCCAGUGGGCUAAGCGGGAAGUGUUGUUGCUCCAUAUAUGUCCAGAAGAGGUUACCAAAAGCUAGUUGUGGAGAGUGGGUUUUUUUUUUUUUUUUUUUUUUUUUUUUCAGCUGUACAGGAUGAAAUACAGUGAAGAGGAAUGCAUAUUUUAUGGACUCUACCCCCCAACCCAAACCUAAAUAUAACCAUGAAACGAUGCAAAAAUGUUUGGUGGGAAAUGGUGCAUGUCAUUGAGUCAGCAUAAUGUUGCCGAUCCUAGGGUACCGGAACUUUCGGGAACUGCAACUUUCGGGGACUUCCCAUGUGGUCAUGUUGGGCAGUGAAUAGUGACCAGAGGGUAAAAAAUUCCAAAAAGGACAAAAAAGCAUCAUAAAAGUACUAGAACAGUAGUCCAUAAGACUUGCCCAGUAUAUUCCAAGUCUUCUGAAGCCAUACAAUAGCUGUAUGUGAGGAGUAGACUGAAAUUUAAGUCAUAUUUCUCUGAAAAGUGAAACCCCUGGUAAACAUUCACUUUCAUUGUAUGAAAAAAAGUAGUUUGAACAUUCUGCUAAACAUCUCCUUUUGUGGUCUACAGAAGAAAGAAAAUAAUGCAGGUUUGGAACAACAUGAAGGUGAUUCAUGCACAUGCUGAAUGGGAGUUAUUUACAUGUGCAUGUAUCUUAACUUGAUUCUUAAUUUGUCUUAAUUUAUCUUAAUUUGUACUCAGAAACAGUGUUUUAUUAGUCUGUUACUGAAAGCACAGUGGAAGUGUUACGCCUUUUGUGUCCUUUCUGUGUGUAGAAUGUAAACCUGCCUAUUUCCAAAACUCAGUAAAAAACGUUGCUAGUAUUACUGUAGCUUACAUUUACAGUAGUUCUGUAUUUUGUCAAGACAAAUGGAAAUAACUAUAUCUAAUCUUGUUCUGAAUGUGACAAGCCAGUGAACUCCUUGUACAUAGGCAACUCAGCACACAAAGUCUGUAGUUCAAGUUGGAAUAUGGCUUGGGUUGUUUUUGUGUGUGUGAGUGUGUUUUUUUUUUUUAUUUCUUUUUUUUUU